CAAUUUGAAAAAAAAAAAUCCCUGUGUCUUCUCCAUUUUCUCUCAAAAAAUUCAUAAUUUAUUUUGUAAAGUUUGUGAUAGUUGAUUUUGGAGAGUGGAAAAUGGAGAAUUAUUCUUCGGAAAACCUUGAUGAUGGAGAGUUAUGGUUACCAUCUGAUAUUUUUCCAGUAGAAGAACCAGCUGUAGUUCCUUGUAAUAGUAAUAAGUUCAAAAACAACAACUCUUUUUGCUGUUGUUAUUCAUGUCUUCUUCAUCGUAAUGGUAAUGGCAAUGGACAAAAUGCUGUUGUUGCUGCUGCUGGCGGUACAAAUGAAAGUAUUAUUCAACGUUUAGCUGCUAUUUCACUACUUCAACAACAACAACAACAACAACACCGAGCUGAGAGUACUCCGAAGGAGCCAUUUUCCGUUACUGAGCGCCGGUUCAGACCGGUUGACAAGUGCAGCUGCACGAAUUGUUCACUUUCGGAGUGUUUCCAACGCAAUAGAACCGGAAGAGGGCUGCUUCGAACCGGUCCAACACCGGUUUAUCACAACCAUCUUUAUCCACCAGCGGUUCAACAUCAGGUUGAGAGUUUGAUGGAAGCAAGAACCCGGUUUAUACAGAUGGAAGAGCAGAACCGGUUCAUCAGAAUGCAGCGAAGAACUCUUGGCUUAAACCGGUUCGAUGGAAACCGGUUUUCGCCAUUUGUUGGAGCAACUAGUGGUCUUAAUGGUGAAAGUAGUUCAGUGAGAGAUUAUGGUGGAACAGGUGUCUUCCUUCCUAGGAUACCCACAACCAACAACAUUGACAACAAUGGUAGAAAGAUACAAGGUGGUAUAAGUAGGCAAGAUGUUCACCAAAAUGGUCGAAGGUAUCCAUGAAUAUGAAUUGACAAUCAAAGAAGAGGAAUUAAUGAAUGAUUAGGACAAAAAUAUUGGACCUAUUGAUAUAUAAUAUAUAGUAUUUUGGUAUAUUUAAAUAAUUGAUCUAGCAUUUGACUUGUGUCAUAGCCAAUUGCCUUAUUGAGGAAAAUGUUGGAAGUCUUUUGGCAAAGGACCUGUUUAUUUUAAAUCUUUACCCCUUUUUAAUGUCUACAUCUGACAAUUGUAAUGUGACUCUUUCAAAUAUGUGUAUUAUAAUAAAUGUCUUAGUUAUUGCUACA